GGGUGCCGUAUCGCACCGCUGGGUCCGGCUCAGGGCUGCGGAAUGCUCACGUCGGGUUCUCCCUUGCUAAGAGAUACAGCCUUCCUGUCUCCUUGGCUAAGCCAAGAUACCAGCAGAGGCUUGAAUCCUGCAAGAUCCGAUGGCUUUCUGGGUUGCUUUAAGCUCGCUAAGAGCUGUGUUAAACAGUUAUAACACAAGCUUCAGGUCUGCAUGUACAAUACUAGUAUGGGGCAGGGGCUUUGCAGUGGUCAAGAAUAAUGAGACUGGGGAUGUCCAAUGGGUACCCUCACGUCGAGUUAAACCAGAAUUGGCUACACAAAACAGGAAGGCUAAGGAAGUUACAAGAGCUGAGUAUUUUUUCAUAGGACUUGCUGAUUGGGCGGCUGAAGAGACGGGAGAACUCAGAACAGAAAAAACCCAGGAAAACUUCUUGGUGGAUACCAAAGAAGGGAGAACAUGAGGACCCUGAGAAACAACCUUUGCUGUCAACAAAAGUAACUAUGUUAAUGUUUGUGUGUAUUGUCUGUUUAUUUUGGUCGCCAGUGGGGGGUAUCCAUCUACUUAAGCAACCAGGAAAUCUUUGGGUUACGUGGGCUAAUCAUACAGGGACUUCAGAGUUUUGUCUUGCGUUGCAGUCAGCUACAUCGCCCUUCCAGACAUGUCUCAUAGGGGUCCCAGAAUGGGAUGACUCGGCAUUUGAGGGUUACCUUGGGGAAGAGGGUGGUUGCUUGCGGUUCUGCAGUGGGUUGGAAAGGACUUGGAGGUGGCUGGGAAAUGAUUCAGUAUAUUAUCUCGGAAAGAAAAUGGCUUGUACCAUCUGUAGAUUAAAUAUCGCACUUCCCGAGGAGCCCCAGCAAUUGGACUUACUCGGCUCACAAAUGGUGCCAAAUGAUACUUGGGAUAAGAAUAGUUCUCGAUGGUUGUCCCCAGGGUGCAUGAUUUUCGGCUCAAUGAAGAGGUUGUCCCUGACUAGGCAGCAACUUCUUGGCCCAGAGGGCCCCUAUUGGGAUCCGAAAACUAAUCAAACCAUCCCCUAUACCCUUGUGUAUCCCUGUGACGAAAAGACCUUCGACAUUGAUGGAGGAUAUUGUGGGUUUUACCCUAAUGGAUCGGUGCCUUAUCGUUCUGGGGAUUGUCCUAUAAACAUUUCAAUAGGGGGGGUUGUUAAUAUUAGCAGGACGGAUGGGUCCGUCCGAGGAGUUGACUGCGAAGAUAUGUCUUUUAAUAGAGGUUGUUGUGUUUUUCCUAUCCCCAAGGGGUCAUUUUCGUUUAUGGGAGAAUUAUGGAAUAAUGGUACAGCAAAAGCCUUGCCACCAGGGGUAUUUCUCAUUUGUGGGGAUCGUGCUUGGCAAGGAAUUCCUAGGAACCCAAUAGGAGGUCCUUGUUAUUUGGGGAAAUUGACUAUCUUAUCCCCUAGCAUCUCCGAGAUCUAUAAAGCAUUUAACCAUUCACGAGCCAAAAGAGACAUACAUGUUCUGGAGUCUGACUGCGGGGACAAUGUAAGAUUAUGGGGACCCACGGCCAGAAUUUUCACUUCCUUCUUUACUCCUGGGGUUGCUGCUGCACACGCUCUAAAAGAAAUCGAAAGGCUGGCCUGUUGGACUGUUAAACAAGCUAAUGUUACCUCUCAGUUACUUUCGGACUUGCUUAUAGAUGUAGAGAGUAUCAGACAUGCUGUGCUUCAAAAUAGAGCGGCCAUAGACUUUUUACUUUUAGCACAAGGGCACGGAUGCCAAGAUGUUGAGGGAAUGUGUUGUUUUAAUUUGAGUGACCAUAGUGAAUCGUUACAUAAGAAGCUGGCAUGGCUGCAAGAUCAUACCAAGAAGAUCGGCGUCGUGGACGAUCCGUUUGGAGACUGGCUCGGAAGCCUGUUUGGGAACAUCGGACCUUGGUUCAAACAGUUGCUAAAAGUAUUGGUGGUGGGACUUAUUGUUCUUCUUGCACUAUUAAUUUGCACACCGUGUAUUAUACAAUGCUUGCAGGGAUUUAUGCAUUACAUGGUGACGGGAAUUUUUGAGGAGAAAAUGGAACAACAAAGAGCAUAUGAAAGACUUUAAAAGGUUAAGUGGGAUUGUUAAUAUGUUGCGUAUUGUUACGGGUUAAAGGUUCUAUAGCAUAAGGAGGGGGAGAUGUGGUGUAUUAGGCGGUAGGCUGGGUCACGGGAUGUGACGGGAUAGGUCCCUCCUCAGUCAAUAUUCAUGAUGGGCAGGAUUAGCCCCGCCCACUUUCUAGCAUGUUCUAUACCAAAAGUUAUAUAAGGGUCUGUUUGUUUUAAUAAAAUGCCUUUUGCCA